AUGUUGCUUGAAGGGCAUCAAGGUGAAAUAUUCACAGCCAAAUUCCAUCCCGAGGGUAAACAUUUGGCUUCUGCUGGAUUUGAUAGACAGAUAUUUCUAUGGAAUGUGUAUGGUCAGUGUGAAAAUGUAAUGGUGAUGAAAGGACAUACAGGGGCUAUCAUGGAACUCUGCUUCUCACCAGACGGCUCUCAUUUGUACACUUGUGCAACAGAUAAUACUGUUGCUGUUUGGGAUGUACCAACUGGGAUUCGAAUUAAGAAGUUAAAAGGGCAUGCCAAUUUUGUAAAUUCAGUUUCAGGAGCAAGAAGAGGCCCAGAACUGUUAGUCUCAGCAUCAGAUGAUAAUACAAUAAAACUUUGGGAUGCAAGAAAAAGAAAUCCAAUAGCUUCAUUUGACAGCGGCUAUCCUGUCACAGCAGUAUUGUUUAAUGACACAGCUGAGAAGAUUAUCUCAGGGGGCAUUGACAAUGAGGUAAAAGUGUGGGACAUAAGAAAUAACCAAAUAUCAUACAAGAUAAAGGGGCAUACAGAUACUAUAACUGGUCUGGCGCUAUCCUACGACGGCGCGUACCUGCUCUCCAACAGCAUGGACGGGACACUCCGCAUAUGGGACGUGCGGCCGUUCGCCCCCGCGGAGAGGUGCGUGAAGCUCCUAUCCGGCCACCAGCACAACUUCGAGCGCAACCUGCUGCGGUGCGCCUGGUCGGCGGACGGCUCCAAGGUGGGCGCGGGGUCGGCGGACCGCUUCGUGUACGUUUGGGACACAACGUCGCGCCGCGUGCUGUACAAGCUGCCCGGCCACAACGGCUCCGUCAACGCCGUGGACUUCCACCGCUCGGAGCCCAUCCUGCUCUCCGCCUCCAGCGACAAGCAGAUAUACCUCGGCGAGAUCGACCAC